GAGGGGUUCCCAUCCAUGGCAAGGCUGCCACUGGAGCUCUGCCCUCACACAAACACAGCCUCACAUCCCACCGCCGGUCCCCAGCUCUGACGUGAGUCCUUUGAACAGGUUGGCAGUAAGCAACAUGGCUGAGAAGCUGUCUGAAGAGCAGGUGGCCGAGUUCAAGGAGGCCUUCUCCAGUGUUGACAAGAAUGGGGAUGGCACCAUCAACACCCAGGAGCUGGGCGCCGUGAUGCAGGCCUUGGGCCGCAGUCUGUCGGAGGACAAGUUGAAGGAGCUCAUCUCCAGGGUGGACUCUGAUGGCGAUGGCGUCAUCAACUUCCAAGAGUUCCUGGCGGAGAUGGUCAAGAGGAGGAAGGCCUGGGGCAGUGAGCAGGACCUGCAGGGGGUCUUCCGUGCCUUUGACCUGGACGGUGACGGCCACAUCAACGUGGAUGAGCUCAAGCAGGCCAUAGGCAAGCUAGGGGAUGAGGUUUCCGAGGAGGCGCUGGAAGUCAUGAUCCGCCAGGCUGACUUGGACCAGGACGGGAAGGUGAGCUACGAGGAGUUCGUGCGCAUCCUCACCCAGAAGUGACGCCCUGCCCUGGCCCGGCUCCUGCCUGACUCUCGUUCCUGUGCCUUUCUGGGGUCCACCUUUGGUGGUAGGGAUGUGAAGGGAAUGUCUGGGUGGUGGACGGGAAGUUACCUGAUCCGUGGGAAAGCCUUCUCUCUCUCGGGCCCGGGUUCUGUGCUGUUGGGGGCCUCCCUGGGAGCCCCUCUUUGCCGCUGAGACCUGGGCUGGCUCCUGCGGCUUCUCCCCCCAGUGAAAUGGGGUGCUCCCUACCUCACAGGGCUGUUGUGAGAAACCCCAAAGUGAUGUGGUGGUUGAAAUAAAAGAACAUGAGCUUGAA